GGUGUGAGGCGUCAAAUCAAAUGUCAUGUCAGUGGGAAGUGAGUGAGUGAAGAAAUGGUUUCACUGUGUUAUUUUAAUAGCAAUAAAUUAUAAAAUGCCUUAUUGGUACUACGAUAAAAAGGAUCUUCAAAAUACUCCAUCAUUUCGCGAUGGAAUCACCACGGAGACAGAGAACCGGUACCGCAAAGAAGGUGCCAGGUUCAUCAUUGACACGGGCUCUAAGAUGGACUUAGGUUAUAACACGGUCGCCACAGGAGUUGUUUAUUUCCAUCGGUUCUACAUGUUUCACUCGUUCAGGACGUUUCCGCGGUAUAUAACGGCUUGCUGCUGUUUGUUUCUCGCGGGGAAAGUGGAAGAGACACCAAAGAAGUGUAAGGAUAUAAUAAAAGUGGCGAAAUCUCUGCUAACGGAGCAGAAGUUCGCUUCGUUCGGGGAGGAUCCCAAGGAGGAAGUGAUGACGCUAGAGAGGAUCCUGCUGCAGACGAUCAAGUUCGACCUGCAGGUGGAGCACCCCUAUGGCUACCUCCUCAAGUAUGCCAAGUGCCUGAAAGGAGACAAGGCAAAGCUGCAGAAAAUGGUACAAAUGGCUUGGACAUUUGUUAAUGAUAGUUUAUGCACAACACUCUGCCUCCAAUGGGAGCCGGAGGUGAUCGCCGUGGCUCUCAUGUUCCUGGCAGGCAAGCUUAGCAAAUUUGAAGUUGUAGACUGGAACGGACGUACACCGAAACAUACAGCCUGGUGGGACAUGUUUGUUGAGGAUGUUACUAUGGAGUUGCUAGAAGAUAUUUGUCAUCAGGUGCUAGAUCUGUACUCGCCCCAGACCCAGCCGUCCGGCGCGGACUCCCCGCCGGGCCCCGACGCGCGGCCGCCGCCAAAAAACGACAAGAAGCCCUCCGUUACACCGCCAGCUUCCGCAUCGCCUAUCGCUAAGACCGUCGCCACGCCGGUGAAGAACGGAGACAAGCCCGAGCCGCCGCAGCCGGACGUGCGGUUCGGGUACCCGGCCUACCCGUACCCGCCCGUGUACUCGGCGCCGCCGCCGCGGCUGGGCCCCCCCACCGCGCCGCCGCUGUACCCGGAGCCGCCGCCGCGCCUGCCGCCCGUGCACGUGCCGCCGCCGCCGCACUACUACCCGCGCCCGCCCGGCCCGCCGCCCGGUCCUCCGCCGCGGCCUUACUACCCUCCCCCUUAGCGAUAGAUAGAUAGGUUAUGUAUUUUUUACUGAAUUAUAAUUGAUAGACUGCAA